AUGCCCGGUUUGUUUGGCACAACUGCUUGGCAAUUAUCCUAUAUGCAAAUCUCCAUGGGAAUAACUCUUAUCACAAAUCUUAUCACUAGUUAUCAUCACAUUCAAAAUGGAAACCCCGGAAUUUUAUGCAAAACUUGGUGCCUAAUUUCUGGAGCUUAUUUAUUUUUUGGCUCAAUUUUCUGCUUUUUCCAUAUGAAAUCAUUCGAUUUUGAGUAUCAGAAUAUCGUUUUUAUUACUGUGUUUUUCAUUUGGGAUGGAUUUAAUAUUUUGAAUCCUUUGAUUAUGAUUGUUAUGUACCGGCAAUUGAGAAAACAAGUGUUCUGGAGGAAUGAAGAUGAUGAGGAACAUGUUAUUGUAAUUAGAAGGAUCUAA